AUGACUUAAAACUAUACAGGGGUGUUAACGAAUGCGUCUUGUAUAGCGCAAACAUUUAAUUAUCAUUCGAUUUAAGUAGUAGUCUAUAUUUUCAGAAUGUAUACACAAGAAAGGAUAUAUUUAUUUUUACUUGGAUUUGUUCUUAGAUGCAUAUGCGCAGGUGCAAACCCAGUUUCAAUGGAAGGAGCAACACUGUCGACAAACGGAACAAUAUAUCCGGAAUGGGUUGUUGAAAAAGCCAUCGAUGGAAGAACUUCUCGUAAACCUGAUCAAGACAUAACGUGUACCGCCAUUGAAAGGCCGACCUGGCUCCAAUUAAAUAUAACACAAACAUAUUUUGUGGAGCGAGUUGUACUUCAAGGGCGUACAGACGGAGCAUUCGAACAACUUAAAAAAAUUGAUAUGUAUGGUGGCUAUGACGACACUAACAUGGUCCAACAGCAGAUCACUGAGGCUUUAGAUUCAAAACUAACCUAUGCGAUAAGUCCUCCGCAGGCUAUGCGAACAAUACGUGUAAUCGGUCAAAAAAAUAUAAAAGAGCAGUAUAUGACAUUAUGUGAAAUAGAAGUUUACCGACAAAAAGAUUGCGGACAAGGAACAUAUGGCCCUAAUUGUAACCAAAGAUGUCAUUGUCUAGAAGGACCGUGUGACACAAUAAAUGGUACCUGUGGAUCAGAAUGUCAGGCUGGCUGGAGAGGGGCUACUUGCAAUGAAACCUGCGACAACGGAUGGCACGGUCAGGGCUGUAGAACCAAAUGUGGUCAAUGUUUGAACAACACUGCUUGCAAUAAGGCUUCCGGUGUUUGUCGAGCUGGAUGUUCUGCGGGAUAUAACGGUUCUCUCUGCACUGAUGAAUGCGAUAACGGAAGGUUCGGACAGGGCUGUCUGAACGAAUGUGGUCAAUGUGUGAACAACGUUGCCUGUACUAAGACUUCCGGUGUGUGUCCAGAUGGAUGUGCUGCAGGAUAUAAAGGUUAUCUCUGCACAGAUGAAUGCGAAAACCAAUGGUAUGGUCCUGGAUGUCAGAACAGGUGUGGUUAUUGUCAACACAAGGUGGCAUGUAACAAGGUUUCCGGCGAUUGUCCAGGGCAAUGUCAACCCGGAUAUAACGGAACAAUGUGCACUCAUGCUUGCUUCAAUGGAUGGUACGGUCAGGGCUGUCUGACCAGAUGUGGUCAUUGUCUGAACAACGCUGCCUGUAACAAGACUUCCGGUGUGUGUCCAGACGGAUGUGCUGCAGGAUAUAACGGUUCUCUGUGCACAGAUGUAUGUGAUGUCGGUUUCUUCGGAGACUAUUGUUCAACCGCAUGUGGCAAAUGCAAUGGCGCGUGUCAUCAUAUAGACGGCACAUGUUCACAAGGCUGUAAAGAAGGCUUUACUGGCGAUCUUUGUAUGACACAAAUGAUUAAAUCUGCGUUCAUCGGACAAGCUGUCGGAGGUUCGGUUGGGGGUAUUGUGGUCAUCGCAAUAGUUGUAAUUAUCGUAUUUAGAAGGAGGCGAUCAACACCAACAAAAAGGCACCAGUUAGACGACAUUCAUGUAGCAAUUCAAAAUGGAACAGAUUAUACCAUCGAACAAACGCCGACAACGUCAAAGAAUAAACCUCUUAACAGUCAAAGAGGAAACAUUUCAAACGCAGUGUAUGCAAACACAGUGUCUCCAGAAGAAGACGGCCUUUACUACAACAGCAAAUCACUACAUAGAGAACGUAAGCGUACUGAAAUACGUCUCAUUGCUGUCGAUAAACUGCGAGAAUUCGUACGAGGCAACUACCAGUACGAAACAAUCUUCCAGCAAGAGUUCGAUAAAAUACAUUUUGGUCUUCAACAUCCGACGAUUGUGGCAUCUGCAGCCACAGGCAAAAAUAGAUACAAAGAGAUGUAUGCAUACGACCAUUCUCGAGUGAUUCUCAGAAGAAUCGCUGAUGAACCAAAUUCCGACUACAUCAACGCCUGCCAUGUCGAUGGCUACAUGGAAGAAAAAAAGUAUAUUGCGUCUCAAGGUCCGGUCAAUCCAAUGGUAGGCGAUUUUUGGAGAAUGGUGUGGGAACAAGACGUCUGUAUCAUUAUUAUGGCUACGAAACUCGUUGAAGAAGGAAAUAUGAAAUGUUUGAAAUACUGGGGAGAAAGCAAACCGAUUAUACACGGCACCUUUGCGGUGACACUUUCAGAAGAAAAAGAAUAUUCAUGUUAUACAAUUCGAACGAUUACUGUGCAUGAAAAGGAUAAACCACGUAUUUCUCGCAACGUGACCCAGUUUCACUACACUGCUUGGCCCGAUAAAAGCGUGCCAACCAGCAGCACAAGCCUCGUUUAAUUCUGGAGAAAGAUAAGGUGUCAAAAGAGAACCGCCAAACAACCAUGGCUAAUACAUUGCAGCGCUGGUGUUGGGCGCACCGGGACCUUCAUUGCAAUGGACUAUCUCUACGAUCAGGGAAAGGAGACCGGGAACAUUGAUAUCCCACAGUGUGUAACCAACCUGCGUGCUCAAAGGGUCAACAUGGUGCAGACUGCC